GUUAUCCUUCAUUCAGAACGUACCACCAGUCUAGAAAAAUCUGCUGAAUGGUGUCGGUGUAAAAAUAAAUAUUUUCGAAGAUUUCUGGAAAAUAUACAUUUCUGGAGCGAAAGAGGAGAAAAUAUGACUGAAACGAAAGGAAAUGCGGCUGUUGAGCCGACGCGGCCAAAAAUAAAACACGAUUGGUACCAAACAGAUUCGCAAGUGGUCAUCACAAUACUAGUGAAGAACGCGCCAAAAGAUAAAGUAAAGGUCAACUAUGGAGAGAGGAGCCUCUCAGUAUCAAGUGCGAUCCCAGAUUCAGAUUCAGAAUACAGUCUAGAACUAGACCUAGCACAUGAAAUAGUACCUAACCUAUGCACUUACGUAGUGACUCCAUCGAAAAUAGAAGUCAAACUGCGGAAAAAAGAGGGACUGAGGUGGACUCAACUGGAUGGGGAUCGAGCUGAUGAUCAUGUUAAGGCCAUACCUCAAGCUGUAAUAGACGCUUCAGGACCUCUACAACAACCGCCGAAGUUGUUCAAAAAAGACUGGGACAAAAUUGAAAAGGAUAUCAAGAAAAUGGAAGAAGAAGAGAAACCAGAAGGCGACGCCGCUUUAAACGCUCUCUUCCAAAAGAUUUAUGGAGAGGGAUCCGAUGAAGUGCGACGCGCUAUGAACAAGAGUUUUGUGGAAUCGGGAGGCACAGUGCUCAGCACGAACUGGAACCAAGUCGGUCGAGAUAAAGUCGAAAUGAAGCCGCCAGAUGGCGUUGAAUUCAAAAAAUGGGACUAGACGUUAGAAGCACAAUUUCUAAUUAUAUGAUACUUGUAAUAGAUGGAUGUAUGAUUGUAUAGAAGUGAUUGUCAGUGGUAAUAAUAAUAAAAGUUGCAACUGCUUUGUUUCGGAACAUGGGA